AUGUGUCCCAAAUAUCCCAAAGAUGCAAAACCCGCACUCGCAGAGGAAGCAUCAGUCGUAACCAAUGUACCUGCACAUGAUUUAUCAAUCAUUUUAGAAUCAAGAUUUAUAAAUGAUGACAACAAUAAUGAUGGUGGUAGUAAUAAUGAAAUACCAGACACUGAUGAUAUUAAUAAAUCUAUUAUUGAAAACAACAUUGACUCUAUCAAAAACGAAACUGACGAUCAUCGUGAAGCUGCUAAUUUUGAAUAUGAACUAGGUUCAAGCGAUGGCGAUUUAUACAACAAUGAUGGUGUUACGAACGCAAUAACAUCACAAGAGACCCGUGGCAACAUUGAUAUGGCCAAUAUUGGCUCCAAUAAUAAUGAACUUUGCAAUGUUGAAAAUAUUAAAAUUGAAACAAUAAUCAAAAAAUUUCAUCAUCAGAUACUAUUUUGUCAACCAGUUAAUGGCGAUAAUAAUGUGAAUAAUCAACAGACUUCCCAUGACCAAGCUAACGAUGAUGACGAAAGUUGGUUAAGAAGGGCAAUUGAAUUUGAGGUUAGAGCAGAUAAUGAUUUAGAUAAUGAUGGUACCACUAUUCCUAUCGAAUCUCCUACAGGUCUAGAUACAUAUUUAGCAUAUAGCAUUUAA